AUGUCUGAAGAACAAAACGGUGUAAGAGAGACGGUUAAAGGUGUAGUAAUAGAUACGGCAAAAAAUGUAGCAAAGAUUGCCGAUGCUGCAUCAUCAUUCAUUCCAGUGCUCGAUGCUAUAGCAAAACUAAUUAACGAAAUUGUUAGUAUCUAUGAAAAGUCCGAAUUUAACAAAAAUAUGUGUUCCAGAUUGGUAGAUCGUGUAAUAAUGGCAGAAUGUGAAAUAAAAAGGUUAAGAUUAAUUAAAAAGCAGUACGAAGGAAAAUUUCAAGAACAAGAAUAUUAUAAUUCUCUUCAAAAAUUUAAAGCCACAUUGGAAAGGAUUAAAAGAUUUGUAGAUGAAUUUUCAAAUAUGAAAUCAGUUAAUAAAACAUUUAGAGCAUCAAACAUUAAAGAAAAGUUUGUAUCUCUAGUUGAAGAAUUUGAUACUGCGAUGAAACAUUUAAAUUUCA